UCCUGUAUGGUCGAAUUUAAUAAAUGUGCUCAAGAAUCUAGGUUAUAUUUACGAAUUACAUGCAAAUAUAUAAAUUGUUAUGAGUUCAAAAUCUAAUAAAACUCCACAAACAGUAUGGAGUUGUUGUAACAAUUGUAAUGCCUACAUUUUAACAAAAGAAAAAGAUAAUCAUGUAGGCCAAUGUCCAGUACCACAAAGUAAUUGGAACCAAUCUUUUAUUUUGAAUGAGAAACUAUUUAGUUUUGUUGAAAUAAAAUCUAAAGACGCAAUUCAAGGUUUACCGUCACAAGAUAUACAUAAUUUUAUAUUUUUAAGUCAAUCAGCAAUUCAGUUGUGUAAUUUUAAAAUUGGUGAUCCAGUGGUUGUUAUUGUUGAAAAUCAAACGCCUAUUGUUCGUACUUUAUGGCCAACAAUUGAAAAAACAUCAGCAUCUGUAAUGCUCACUGAAAAUGCAAUUCAAGCUGCAUGGGAAAAAUUACUCACAAAACAUGUCCGAAUUGAAGCACUUCCACAAAAAAUACUUAAAGCUAAGCUAAUUACAAUUACAACUAAAAAGAAUUUAAAAAACUUGGAUAUUCAUGCAGAUCUUUGUAAAAGACUUCAAAGAAUGCACAUAAAUAAAAUUUUGUGUAAUGGAAAUCGACUUUCCGUUUUAUAUUAUGGAAAAAUUAUCGACAUUCAAAAUCAAUCUCAAUUAUUUCAAGUAGUUGAAAACACUAAAUUCAUUAUUAGUAACUUUUCUGUUAGCAAAAAUGUAAAACCUAAAAGUUCUAUAACUCUUGGAGGCUUAUCAAAAAUAGAACAAAAGGUUCUUUUAUUUAUUGAUACAUAUUUUAGUAAAAAGUUCAAUAAAUCGUCCAUAGUCAAAUCAGUUUUAUUAUACGGUUAUUCGGGCACUGGUAAAACGUCUCUUGCAAAUUUGAUUGCAAAUAAAUCUGAAAUUAAGUACAAUACAAACAUUUAUUUAAUUUCUUGUUUUUCAAUAUGUUCGCAAACUCAAGACGAUUCAGAUGAUAAACUUAAUAACUUAUUUAAGGAAGCAAUUGAUAAUUCUCCUAGUGUUGUUAUUUUAGAUGAUUUAAAUAUUCUUUGUCCCGUGAAAAGCAGUAAACCGAGUGAAAAAGAAAAACGCGUAACUGCAUCGGUUAUUAAAUUUUUAGAUAGUAUUAUCGAAAAUGAAUUUGAUAUUUUUGUAAUUGCUACAAGUAAUAAUAUCGAUGCAAUCGAUUCAAGUUUACGUAGAUUUGGACGUAUCGAUUUUGAAAUCGAAAUACCUGUACCAAAUGAAUUGGCUAGAAAAGAAAUUCUUACAAAUUUAUUAAAAAAUUUUACAAAUCUGGAAAUUGACGAAUUAGUUUCUAUAACACCAGGAUAUGUAGGUUCAGAUUUAAUGUUAGUUUAUGCAACAGCUACAAACUAUGCACUUUUUAACGCGCGAACGGUCCCAAGCCUACAAGAUUUCAUAUUGGCUCUUAAAGAAGUGAAACCAAGUGCUAUGAGAGAAGUUCAAAUUGAGUCACCUAAUGUGAAUUGGUCAGAUAUUGGAGGACAGAAUGAUUUAAAAUUAAAAUUGAAACAAGCUAUUGAAUGGCCUAUAAUUCAUCCAGAAUCAUUUACGAGAAUGGGUAUUCGACCACCACGUGGAUUAUUAAUGUAUGGACCACCGGGUUGUUCAAAAACUAUGAUUGCAAAAGCAAUAGCAUCAGAGACUAAAUUAAAUUUUUUAUCUAUUAAGGGUCCUGAAUUAUUUAAUAAGUAUGUUGGUGAAUCAGAGAGAGCUGUACGAGAUUUAUUCAGAAGAGCACGGCAAGCGGCUCCGUCAAUUAUAUUUUUUGAUGAAAUUGAUGCUAUCGGUGGAGAACGUUCAACCAGCGGUGGAAAUAGUGGUAGUGUGCAAGAGCGUGUUUUAGCACAGUUAUUAACUGAAUUAGAUGGCGUAACAGCAUUGGGGGCAGUAACAGUGGUAGCAGCAACAAAUCGACCGGAUCGAAUUGAUAAAGCCUUGCUACGACCAGGAAGAUUAGAUCGAAUUGUUUAUGUUCCGUUACCUGAUGCUCAAACACGAUUAGCUAUUGUUACAAUUAAAACUGCAAAAAUGCCUGUUGAAGAACUUGACUUUCAAUAUCUAGUCGAUAAAACUGAAGGAUAUUCGGGAGCUGAAGUUCAAGCAGUAUGUAAUGAAGCUGCUAUGAAAGCUUUAGAAGAAGAUAUUUUGUCGAAUAAAAUUGAAAUGCGGCAUUUUGAACAUGCGUUAAAUUUAAUUAAACCAAGAACAUCUAAAUCUUUAAUAGAAAUGUAUGAAAAAUAUUCUAUUUCACAUUAAAGUAUUUUUUAAAUGUU